GUUCGGCCGAUGAGCGAUUCACCGCCGCCACCCCCGCCACCGCCGCCGGCGUCCCCGCGCCGACCGCCUCCGCCAGAGCCGACGCCGUCCCCGCCGACGUCUGCGCCUCCUCCGAGUCGCGUGGCUCCGACCACGGCGGUGGUCCCGAUCCCGUCGUCCAAGCUGCUGCAGCACGCGCCGCUUGAUAUUGCGGACGACUUGGAUCGGAACUGGGCGUGGCACUAUGCAGCUGCGCAGAAGACGCUGCAAGGCGAGAAGGACCGUGACGCCUGCCUCGCCAAGAUCAUGGCGAGCCAGGGCUUUGAGAAGCACACGGCGAUGCUGUAUGCGUGCUUGACGGCCGAGUCGACCGCCGACCGUGACCUCUACUGGCACGUCCUGCGUGCGCUCGUGGCCGAGACCGACGCUGUCCGCGGCACCACGAUGCAAGGGCUCCAGUCGCUCAUCGAAUUGCGCUUCCAGAAGCUCCUGAGCGGUCCGCGCGCCAACUUGUACUUUGUGCUCGAGCAAGGCCUCUCGCUGCAUAUGGACACUCUUCUCAUCGUCCUCAUGCGCCACAUUGGUCCUCUCUCGGUGACGCCGUGCUUGACGAGCUGGUUGCUCACGGUGCUCGGCGCGCACCUGACGACGCUCAGCGACGCGGUCAUUGCGCAUGCCACCUACACGCUUCUAAGCAUUGUGCCCGAAGCCAUGGCCUCUGCGGCACCACCAGCCAACCUCCUCGACGUGUGCAACCGUCUCUUCCUCGAGAAAAAGGCUGUCGUUCUUGGCUUGGGGCGCGAGCUCGUUCGCCUUGCGUACGACUGUCGGGACCUCCUUCCGGCGCUCUGGGCCGACGUCCAGAGCCAACACCUUCCGACGCUCAUCGGGACGCCGACGCCGGCCAAGUUUCUCAUCUGCCGCCUCUCGGCCAAGAUGCAGGACCAGCUGCGCUUCUUGACGGACAAGGUUCUGCACAUUGCCGCGCACCGGUACCAAAAGUGGUUUCAAACUUCGUUUCUGCAAGGGCCGCUCAACGGCGGCGUCAUCGCCGACGUGGUGCGGUACAUCUGCGCCGUGUACCAUCCGACGUCGCAGGUCGUCGAGGCCAAGAUGACGCCGCGCUACCACGUGCUCGGCUGGAUCUUCCUCCUCUGCAAAACGCCGUUGGCAAAGCAGCGUGCGCUCCACGCCAUGUUCUUCGACUACAUUUACUUUGUCCACGAUGUGUCGGUGAUGAACCUCGAGCCAACAAUGAUGCUUUUGCUCAAGUCGACCAAGAACCGCAAUUUGACCAUGGUCACAGACAUGCUCACGUUCCUCGUGACUGCGGUCGAGGCGGGCGAAAGCGACCGAGCGAGCCAAAGCAUGCACGCGCUCAUCCAGAAGGGCGUCAUGCGCAGCGUGAGCCCGGUCAUCGAGGCCAUCAAGGACGACCACGCGCUCCUUGCGCGGCUUCAACGCGCGGUCCCGGCGCACUUUUCGCCCAAGAGCAACCCGCCAUCGACGACUUCGUCGCCGGUUUCAUCGCCGAGCCACCAGCAGUCACCUGUGUACACGCAGCCGUCCCCGCGCCAGCCGUCCCCGCGGCAGCCGUCGCCAGGCCAUCAGCCAUCGCCCAGUCACCGCCAGUCGCCAGGCCGUCAGCCAUCGCCGAGCCGCCAUCAGCCAUCGCCGAGUCGGCAGUCGCCCAACCAGCGCAAGUCGCCGGGGCAGUCGAGCCCGAGCAUUUCGCGUAGCCCUGGCAACGCAUCGCCGACAACGUCGUCGACCGAGCUGCACGACGAGCCGGACGCGUGGCAGGAGCAGUCGUUUCUCCAAGAGCGGACGCAGUCGCUCGAGACGGCCGUGGCGCCCGUCACCUUUCCCGAGUCGCUCCGGCCAUUCGAAGAGCCAUUGCAGUUGCUGCUGUCGGCCCACGACAACGACAAGCUCUGCAAUGCAAUCGCUGUCGUGCUCACGGCGUGGAGUCACUCGCCAGACGCGAUCGCGCUGAGCACCGACCUCGGCGGCUUUAUGUACAAGUGCCUCGAGCGGUCCUUCCUCACGAGUAUGGCCACGCCGCAGUAUGUGCUCGAGCAGUGCCUCCAGCGCCCGCCGCAGCUGUACUUGCCGCUGCUCCACGGCAUGUUCAAGCACGACUCGGUCAUGAGUCACCGCCUUCUCGUGCACUGCUGCACGCAGUCGGGCAAGAAGCCGGACGAAGCCUUCCAGCCGUACCUCUCGUUUUGCGAACUCGUGGGCAUCGAAGCGCCGACUGCGAUUCUGCAGGACCUCUCGCUCAGCGUGCACGUGGACGAGGCCAUGGCGCUGGCGUCGUCGCUCUUGCAGCAGCCGUCGACGCCGUCGGGCGCGGCCGUCGAGACCACAGUGCUGCGCGUGCUGCCGUUCCUCUUCCGUCACAGCUCGGAGCUGAGCAGCUGGGGCGCGCUCCCUCGCAUGGAUGCAAUGGUGCGCCAGCUCGUCUCGAUCGCGACGCCGUGCCAGCUCAGUACGCUCUGCAUGCGCGUGCUGUUGAAGGAAUUUGCGAUCUUCCGCGACCACAUGGCCACGAUACUGCUGAGCUCGCUGCAGUGGAGCGCGUUCGAGCAGCAGAGCACGUGGGAGCUCCUCGCCGUCGAGCAAGAAGCCAAGAAGAAGGACAAGGGCGUGCUUGCGGCCUUGCGCAAGGUGCUAGCGUGCAUGGACCCGCGCGUGCACGGCGAGGCGCUCGCGGGGCUCCUGCGCCUCUUGCUCCACGCUGUGCCCGACACGACCGCGCUCCAGUGCAUCACCAAGCUCUCAGAUGCGUUUGACCCGUUCCCGCUCAGCGUCCUCGCGGUCUGGAGCGAGAAGCACCCGAGCAUCGUCAAAGGCUACCUCCUCAGCGAGAACAAGGACACAAAAGACGUGCUUCGGCAGCUCAACAAGCUCUAUGCGAUCGACGAGCCGCCGGCCGAGGUCUACGCCGACGACGACGUGCGCCGCGCGAUCGCCAAGGCGCUGGAGGGCUUUGCCGACGCGGCCGAGACGUACCCGACGCUCGUUGAAGUCUGCGUCGAAGGAUCGCCCCACAAGAAGCAGCGCACCGACGAGUAAGCGACAAGACGCACCUGGAUAUAAGAUGGUUCUCGUAAGCUGGAGGACGUAGCAGCGCGUUGGCUCGACAAGGUGGGCUGAGGGCGUGGAGGAACUUGCAUCGAACAGAAGUAUCAACUUGAUACUAGUAUUCUCACAGAUACUAGAGUCGGACGAAGGAAUAGUAAGCAAGAAUAAUUAGCAAACACACACAUAACAAACGUC